UUCUAAAACUUGUCUUCUAUUAACGACGCACUACUUCGCUACCGUCGUAAAUUUUUUUGACUUAUUAAGUCUUACCUUUCUCAUCAAAGUUUACUAGUUCAAAUAGAGGCAGAAUGGCUCGAUUGCAAGAACUUGAACGUGCUGCUCGAGAUGUUAUCCAAAACGUGAAGCAGAUACAGGACCUCAGACAUGCGAGGCUCUCGGUCAUCGGCGGGCUAGCAUUAUGGCACUACCUCCCAGAAUACCGCUCAACAGACAAUAUUAAUUUCAUAACAAACAUCUCAACAUCGCCUAGUUCGUUGAAAAAGCGACUACUCGAGCGUCCGGGUUCGCCCUUUUUUCAACGUUCCCAGGCGCUCUUUUAUAAAAGCCCACGAGGACAAGAAAUUCGAAUCGAUAUCAGUCCCGAGUGGUUGUCGCCUUACCUUCCAGAAUCGGCUGCGAAGGUUCAAGAAAUAUCCAGUAGCGAAAUACCGUAUAUCUCGCUCACUGAUCUCAUUGUGUUCAAGCUUGACUCGAGUGGGCUUCGAUCUAAUCCUGUCAAGAAAGAACGUGAUGCACGUGACGCUGCGGCCCUAGUUAGCCUUGCAGCGAACGAAGGAACCAUACAACUCUCCGAGAAGCAGGAACAGGUUGUGGAGGAGGCCCUCUGCGACGUCGCAAAAUGCGGGACCAAGGAAAAGGGGUGGUGGGAACACCAAAUGGGACUGGGAAAACCGAGCGAAGAACGAGGAACCGUUAGCCAGCGGAAGGGUCGUCCUCAUUCUAAAUCAGACCCUUCACCAUCUCGAACUCCCAUAAGCAACGAUCCUAACGCAGCCUGGCAUUACGAACGACUCGACCAUGCACACGUGCGGCAGUUCAACUCGCUACACAGCAGUCGCAACUCGAACAGGCCGGGACUGGGUCGAUCGUCUUCACAUCGAUUAAUCAGAGACACGGGCUUAACCAUGACACAGCCGAAGACGACACAAGGGGGUAUGAAACGAUCUGGGUUGAGCAAUGAGAUUAAGGCAGAUUCGGAUCACGAUAACGACCAAAAUGACCAAUAUUAUACCAUCGAACCGGGGAGUUCGUCCGAGAGGGGCUCUCAGGGGGGGUAUUUCGAUCUUCACCCCCACACGCCGCCUGGUGGGUUGGGUACGGUAACGGAGCGCAAGUGCGUAGGACUACGAAGAACUUCAAAAGUAGAUUACUUCGAUAUCAGCCCUGGAGAUGCUCCUUCUACCGUGGUGCAGGUCGGAAGGCCUCCUUUGAAGGACCAUAGGAGUGUCAGUUUUAUCUUGUAAGAGAAACGGGCACGAAAUCUAGACGAUAAGUGUUACACGACCUCAGGUCGGAAUUCGGCUCGGAUUUGACAUCUGAGAUGGCAGAGGAGAUUUAUGGAGCCCUGUCGCGAAUAUUCGAAUUUCUUUAUUUCUUCCGAGAAACCAGUUCUGUAUUAUUAGAUAUCACAUUGAGCUGGUAUUACUUCGAUCCAGAAGUGUAACUACCGAUAUUCAGAAGCUUAGAAUAGAAGCUUAGCAAUAAAUAAGUGUCAAUAAGGAUGGUUGCCUUGGCUGCCUGGAAAAUCGAGCGCGGAUGAUACCUCCUUGACCGGUGUAGAAAUUGAAAUGACCUAUGACGAUGGGGCGCUUUGGUACUUGCGCAGAAGAUGAAGAUCUUCUAGGUACGUUUCUAUUCUAAUGAAGUGCUUGAAAAUACUUGAUAAAACCGUCUAUAUUUAUUAGAUUUAAACGUGC